AUGUCUCUCGGCGUUGCUAUUAUCGGGAGCGGCAUCUUCGUGAAGGAGCAGCACCUGCCCGCAGUCAACGCAACCGCCCACCUCACACUCAAAGCCGUCUACUCGCGCUCCCUCAAAUCCGCCAGCGCCUUAGAACUAGGCCCGACCGUCGAUCUCUACUCGGACGAUGCAGGCGCCGGCAAGACCUACCACGACCUGCUCCUGCGCCCGGACAUCCACGCCGUGAUCCUCGCCCUGCCCAUCACCAAACAGCCCGAAUACAUCGAAGCCGCACUCGCCGCGGGCAAGCAUGUGCUCUCGGAGAAGCCGAUCGCGGGCGAUGUCAAGCGCGCCGAGCACUUGAUCAGGUACUACCGCAGCGACAAGGUGAAGGGCGGCGCGACGUGGGCCGUGGCCGAGAACUUCCGCUUCCUCGAGAGUUUCGAGUAUGGCAGACAGGAGGUCGAGAAGCUGGGUAGGAUCCUAGGCUUCAGCGUCAAAAUGUUUGGCAAUGUGAAGGUCGGCGAUAAGUAUUUCGAAACGGCAUGGCGCAAGAAGCCAGACUACCAAGGUGGCUUCCUGCUUGACGGAGGUGUACACUUCAUCGCUGCUACCCGUCUGCUCUUGGGAGAAUCUGCAAAACCCACCGCCGUAUCUGCCUUCACGACUCUGCUCCAAGAACAUCUUCCCCCCGUCGAUACUAUCAACGCGAUUUGGCACACAAAGUCCGGAAUUUCGGGCACGUAUGCGAAUUCCUUCGGCACUACGUUCACGGGGAGCGAAUACGCCGUGGCGUGUGAGAAGGGCAUUGUCACUGUCACCCGCGGCAAAGUUACUGUCGUUCAAGGAGAGGGCAAAUCUGCCACCCCUUCAGUGAAGGAGUUUCCGGAUGAGGGCAGUGGUGUGAAGCAGGAAGUUGCAGCGUGGGCACAGGCCAUCAUAGAUGGGGUUCCGAAUCCGAAGCAGUCCCCUGAAGAAGCAUUGGCUGAUUUGGAGAUCCUAGAGAAGAUGCUGAGGAGUGGUGAGGGGCAUGGGAAGACGGAAAGUUUGCAAUUCCAACUUUAG